AUGUUGGCAUCACCAUAUCGUACCCGCUCCAGUCGCUCCAUUGUGACUAUCACGCCCCAAUCGGACUCGCCUCUAACGGAGUCAUCUGACUCGGAGAAUCUAUCAGAUCCGUCAGAUUCUAGCGAUGCUUCCGACUCCCCUGAAGCUCCCGGCGGGAACAAGACCUCCUCUACGCCCGGGGCUCGGGGGAAGCGGACCUCGUUGCCGCUCUUGCCUGAGAAGACUAAAGUCGAGACUAGUCGUUUGGCUUUUAGGGACCCUGAUAGGGACAGCGCUGGGGGGAGGAGUCUGGGGCUUCCCAAACAGGUGGAGCAAGCAAAUGAGACAUUAGCGAAGCUUCGUGACAGACGAGUCAGGAAUCUCAAUCGAUUGAAAUCCCUAGGGAAGGAUCUUGAAGUUCAGGGACUGCCAGACAUAAUCCAAUGGGAGAAGAAAGAGAGCAAGUUAAGCGAAGAGAAAAGAGACAAAGUGAGCGAUGUGGAGAAUGUCCUUAUCAAGGCGCUGGAGGAUCACAACCUAGAGACGAAAGUCGACUCAGAGAAGUUGCUGGAAAAGGCACCGGGGGAUCACCACGUAAGCAAAACAAUACAAGAAGAUGACAGUCCUGGAUACACACCAGAAGAGAUGAGAGCACGACGACAACGACCAUCAUUACUCAAAGAAAAGAGAGUACAGCGCGCGUGGAUGAACAUAGGAGAAAGGCUGAUCAAGGCCGAGAAAAUCAGAAAGAGGGUACUUCACGCGAAGGCCAUACGAGACGUGUUUGCGAGGGAGUUGUACCUGGAACGGUCUAUUCCACGGAAGACCAAGGCCAGGGUUUCGUCCAACGGUGCAAAGCCUUACAACGGCACGCGGCAAGCUCAGUUCUCAUAUGAUGCGAUUGAACCCGGUCAACUCAGGAUCCUUGUUCUACAUCCCGCGAAGAACACAUCGUCUCCUCUUGUCUGUACACUUCAGGCUAGAUCCCUUAAUGAAGGCCGCGGCCUCAACUAUGCUGCACUUUCGUAUUGUUGGGGGACAGAUUUGGACCAGCGUCGACUGUUGAUCUUCCCCGGCUCUAAGCAGAAGGCCACGAAGUGGAAAUAUGUUGCACGACACGCCAAAGAGAUGCCAAUUCGGAAGAACCUCUUCCAGGCAUUGCUUCGAUUACGAAGAAAGGAAGUACCGGUCGCUCUAUGGGCCGACGCAAUAUGCAUCAACCAAGAGGACCAGAAGGAGAAGACAGAGCAACUCCAGCAAAUGGCCACCAUCUACCGGAUGGCGAACCAUGUGUGUGUCUGGCUCGGUGAGGCAGAUAGCGAAGGGAGAAGUGAUCGCGCGAUGGAGUUUAUCACAAAGAUUAUGGACUUUGCGUUUCUCGAGAGGUUAGCAAACGACAAGGGACAAGCUGGGAACUGGUAUGCUCUGGCUGAGCUUAUGAGAGACCGCUGGUUCUCUCGUCGUUGGGUGGUUCAGGAAAUCUCACUGGCGAAGUCGGCAGCAGUGCACUGCGGAACAAAGACCGUGCAAUGGGCAGAAUUUGCGGACGCAGUUUCGAUUUUUGUAGCCACUCGGGACAAGAUUAGAGAGUUGUUUGAUUUUGAAACUUGGAAGGAGGGCCCGCAGACGUUAGGAGAGGUCCAGUCGUUCGGAGCAAGCAUUCUGCUUGAAGCAACAAGCAGGCUGUUUUUACGAACACCGAGUGGCGAAAUCCUUCGACCUCUCAAGGGAAUUGAGGCUCUGGUUACCUCUCUGAACACGUUCGACACAACCGACCCGCGUGAUAUUGUGUACAGCCUUGUGUCCAUCGCCAGCGAUACACGAGACGUUGCUGCGUAUGUCGAUAAGAAGGAGCCCGAGCAACAAACAACAUCCCAUCAACUCGUCAUUGAUUACCGACUAGACGAGAUUGAAGUUUACCAGAACUUCACUAGAUACUGUAUCGAGACUUCAAAAUCGCUGGAUAUCAUUUGCCGCUCUUGGGCCAUGCCACCGAAGGCCGCAAAAGGACCCUUACCCUCAUGGAUUCGGCUUCUCCGUGAUUCCGAGUUCGGAGAGCCGGAAGAGGUCUAUGACGGGCGGAAGAAUGGAGAGUCUCUGGUAGGGCCCGUUGGCCAAUCCCGCUAUAACGCCUCUGGUGGUACGCAGUAUGAGCCGGUAACAUCCGAAAUAGAUGGACAUGGCUCUCACCAAAAGGGCAGUUCGCCACUGCAUGCACAAACGGAGACGGCAUCGUCUGAGCUGAAACUUAUCCCAGACACGCCAUCUAUCCUAAGGGUCAAGGGGUUCAAGCUAGCCAGCAUUGAGCAUGUAUCAUUGGUAAAUGCACCAGGCCUAAUUCCACGCACAUCCCUACGGGACAUAGGUGGCUGGCCAGGCAUUAACAAGAGCCCUGAAAGUGUACCAGACCACAUAUGGCGGACGCUGAUAGCAGAUAGAGACUCCGAAGGCCAAAUCCCACCGGCCUGGUAUCAAAGAGCGUGUCUGCGAUGCUUAGAGAUUGCCGAUACCUUUAAUAAUGGCGAUCUCAACGUCGGUCAGUUACUGCAAGGUCCAUCGGAUAUGCUUCGGGGCUACCUGACGCGAGUCCGCAAUAUUACGUGGAACAGGAGGUUCUACAGGGCAGUGAUGAAAGCUGCCCAAGGGGAUGUUACUCAGGGAAAGGAAACCCCGGAAAGCUCAGGCAAGGUGCCAACAUCACGCUUUACAGCAGAUGCAGAGACUGACAAUGGUCUUUUUGGACUCUGUCCGCCAGGCACCAAACGAGGGGACUUCAUCUGCAUCUUGUAUGGUUGCAGUGUCCCGCUGAUCUUACGACAAUCCUCAAAAAGAGCAGGGCAGCCCUGCUUUAAGGUGAUCGGUGAAGCUUAUGUUCAUGGUAAAAUGGAUGGAGAGGCACUGGUGGACUGUAAGAGUGAAAAGGCCCUGGGCCGAGAGGAGGUGUUUGCCUUGAUCUAG